AUGUAUGCUUCUUCUGAGUGUUACUUUGGCCUCAACUUAAGCCCUUUGUGUGAACCAAGUGAGGUUUGCUAUACAAUUAUUCCCACCAUGGCCUACUUCGAGUUCUUGCCCCUAAACAAGUUCGAUGGAGACGAUGAUUCAAUUUCCUCCACCGAGCAAGAACAUUUAGUUGAUCUUGUUGAUGUUGAGUUAGGCCAAGAAUAUGAGCUUGUGGUCACCACUUAUGCCGGACUUUAUAGGUACAGAGUUGGUGACAUACUCCGCGUAGCUGGAUUCAAGAACAAGGCACCUCAGUUCAACUUCAUAUGUCGAAAGAACGUCGUUUUAAGCAUUGAUUCAGAAAAAACUGAUGAAUGUUGA